AUGGAAUCCCACUCCCCAACGGCGGAGUCGUCCCACAAGCGGCCGAGGUCUCCCUCCGCCGCCGAUCACGGCAUGUCAAAAAUGCCCAAGACGCACUCGAACCACCUGCAGAUCAACUAUCUGGCACGGCAAUACCCUGACAACCUACCACUCGUCUCCGUCGAUGAUACCAUGCCCGCGAUUGUCCAUCUCCUCGGUGAGUACGACGGCGUUCUACACCGUCACGAGAGCAUCGCUGGAAAUCUGGGCGCAUGUCCGCUCGGUCCGAUCUUGAUCAAGCGAUUCGAGCGUCUGUUCGACGGACCGCCGCAAGUGUUGAAAUCCCAUGGCAAAGAUGGACCUACGGUGACUUGGCUCGAUGUGGUCGAAUUCGCAAAGAAUAAGCCCGAACAGUUCAAUCUGGAGAAGUCGCGCAACGGCGUGCGAGUCUGCCAGUUCUACACCAAACAGUGUCGCGUGGAGAUCAGCGAGGAGGAUUUCGUUUUGAUUGCGUCCGGCAUGCCGCAGAAGAUGAUCCCGCCCCAGCCUAUCAUCGAAGAUGAGGAAAAGGAACUGGGCGCGCUGGAGAUUCUUGAGAAGAACUUGCAUCACAUAAUCCAGAUGGCUGAUCAAGUCUCUGCUCGAGCGAGACAGCUUAACCAUCGUUUGAAGAAUCGCCGCAACGCUAUUGUCACCCGACGAGAGAACGAUGCUUCACUAUAUGGGCAAUCCCGAAAUGUCACCGAAAUCUGGCGCGAUGCCAACGGUCAUGGCCAAGGCAACGGCCAUGCAUCAUCUCACCCUUCUCCGUCUGGUUUCGUCGCUGUCAACGCUCAUCGUCCAGAGGGCGAGCACACUGAGGAGAACCCUCUAUCAUCCCCAUUCAUGUUCUCACAAUCUACCGAUAAUGUCACCAUGAUCAACGGUCAAUCGAUCAAAGGUGCCUCCCCAACAACCCGUGCAGAUUUGAUGAAGAGGUUUUUCACAACAGCUGACCGCCACGCCCGCGGCUAUGACGACGCAGCAGCCCCAGUCAACCCUCAACCACUCCCUCGGCCUCGUGGCUCCGACCCAACAGACUACAGUCUCUACAACCCCGCGACAGCAACCGCAACCCCAACCACCACUACAGCCCCAACCGCAACUGCGACCGCAGUCGCCAUCCCAAACACCCCAUCAUCCCUCCUUCCGCCGCCAAAAUCAACCAACCAAGAAAAAGACGACGGAGGUCCCUUCAAGCUCGAAAUGAUAGCUCGAAUGGAAGAGCUCCAGCGCGGCGAGCGCGUAAUUCCACCCUGCGACCGCUGCCGCCGCCUCCACAUGGACUGUCUUAAGAACCUCACAGCCUGCGUUGGCUGCACAAAGAAACAUGCCAAGUGCUCCUGGCGCGACGUCAAAGAAGACGAAGUCACAGCGAUGCGGGCGGGAAUCACCACAUCAACCACACCCCACGAGCGCCCGGAAAACGACCGCUCCACCUCAACCCUCACUCCACCCCAGUACGGUAUGGGACCACUGCCCCCGAUCUCCGCCGAGCGUGAACAUCGGCCAGAACCGCCCUUCGAGCCAGAAAGGCACGCCUACUACUACCACAACCGGCGCGAGUCGGCCCCCUCCGCCCCGAACCCGGCUCCUGGGUCUAGGAUUCCGAUGGAGCUUCCUUCGAGUAAUACUUCGCCGCGACGGGCUGUGAGUGAGACAGAGAAUAGAGGCCGUCCUCGUGUCCUCGCUCAUGUCGUGGAUCGCUUUGAAGAUGAGGAUCCCGAUGCUAAUCAGCGGCUCAAACAGGCUAUUUCGGAUACUGUAGAUCAUCACACUCGUGUUGCUGCUGCUGUGCAAGAGAGGGAGCGUGGUGUGGAGCGUGCUGGCGAACACCAAGCUAUUAUUCUUCCGGCUCCAAACCAGGCUCCGGCUUCUGGUGAUGGUGCUUAUGACCGAGAACGUGAUCGUGAACGGGAGCGGGAGGCUGAUCGUGAUCGGCGUAUGGUGCAUGCAUAA